AUGCGAUUGGAUGUGACAACAGAUGACGUCAAGGCAACUCCGGUGGGAAGCUUGUUGGCCGGUUCGACAGAGAUGGAUGUCGGUGGCGCUGUAGCUAAAGGGGUAAACUGUGGCUGCGUGGAUAAGAUUGAAAUGGAUGUAGCCAAAGGAACUGUAACUGUAACGGGAGAUGCAGAUCCGUAUGAGAUUAUUUUACGAACAAAGAAGGCUGGAAAAUUCGUGGAAGUGGUGACAAUUGGACCUCCUCCUGCACCUCCAAAGAAGCCCGAGGAAAAGAAACCUGAGGAAAAGAAACCAGAAGAGAAAAAAACAGAAGAAAAGAAACCCAAAGAAGAUGUUCAAAUUCUUCCAUAUAAUAUGCACAUCCCACAGGAUUGUGUUGUUUGUCGACAAAUGACCAUGGAACAUAUGAAUCAUUGGGAGGGACGAGACUCCAAUUGUACCAUUAUGUGA